AUGGAGGACAUGGAAGCUGUCUCCGUAAUGAGAUACAGUGCAUCAUCAUUUGGAUUUGCUUUUGAUGCCACACUGGAUGUGUUGUCUUCAGCGAUAGUUUUGUGGCGUUACAGCAACGCAGCUGCUGUGCAUUCUGCGCACAGAGAGUACAUAGCUUGUGUUAUCUUGGGUGUUAUAUUCCUCCUGUCAUCUAUAUGUAUUGUGAUCAAAGCCAUCCACGAUCUUGCGAAGAAAGUGCUUCCAGAAGUGGAUGAUUUUCUGUAUAGUGUCUCUGUUUUAAGUGGAAUCCUUUGCACUGUCUUGGCAGUAAUCAAAUUUAUGCUGGGAAAGGUCCUUACAAGCAGAGCACUGAUAACCGAUGGUUUCAACUCUCUUGUAGGUGGAAUAAUGGGAUUUUCCAUCCUUCUUAGUGCAGAGGUUUUUAAACAUAAUUCUUCUGUCUGGUAUCUGGAUGGCAGUAUAGGAGUUUUAAUUGGACUUACAAUAUUUGCCUAUGGAAUCAAGCUGCUUAUUGAUAUGGUACCCCGUGUAAGGCAAACACGCCAUUAUGAAAUGUUUGAGUGAAGAUGACACCCUCUCCUCUGGAAGGACUGUAGAACUACAGCAUCAUAUAUUUUGGCAAGUGGUGCCAAUAGUAUUUUACUAAAUAUGCAGUUUGUUUCCCGUGGUCUGGUUUUGUUGGAGUUUGUUUUAAUGGGAACUCUCUCUGUAAAACUGGCGUAUGUGCACACUGCUUGCAAUUCAGCGAAACAGCAGCAGCAUUAUUUUUUUUUCAAGUAUGCUCUUGAUUCCUGUGACAAUAGAAAACAUUCAGUUUGCAGUUUUAACCCAGCUGCCAUGUUGUAUAUUCUGGAGUGAAAGUGUUCUUAAUGGUGUGAUAAGCCUGUGGGUGGAGAAGUGCCAGUUUCAGAUCUUGGUUUUUUGGGUUGUUCCCCACCUCCCUCUGGCCUGUAUUUUCCCAAACACAUGCUGUAACAGAAGUACAAUCCUUGCUAACCUCUUCAGCUAACAGAGUAUCCUACAUACAGUCUGGACAUCGAGAGCUGUGUUGCUUUAAACACUUAAGUAGCUACUUCCUCCCUCCCUUUCCAACAGAUGCACAGAAAGAGCAGGUACAACCCCCUUUCUGUGACCAGAGAUACUACUGCAUUUUAAUCCUAAAUUAAGCGAAACUAUACCUCUACAAUUUAAAUUCUGUUUUUUUCUUAACAAGACACUGUUCAUAGCUUUGCAUGGACCAAACAAGCACACACAGUAUUACUGUACAGACCAAAGCCAAAAAGUCAUGCAAAGAAGAGGAACUGCUUGAGAAAUGGGAUUUUCACCGUCUAUUACACUAUACGCAGAUGUACCAGCGUGUGUGACUUUGUGGUUGCUCUGUAGUCUGACGAUGGCACAGCAGUGGCUCGAUCUUGUGGUGAGAUACAGAUCUACUUAUUAGAUUUAGAUUGUCCUGUAAAGUGUUGCUCACCUUCCAUCACACAUCUUAUAUAUUCCUUAAUAGCAGGUUAAAUUAUUAAAGAAUCUUGAUGUAUAAUCAAUAAUACUGGUAUCUAUUUUAUACAGUAUCUGCAACUAACAUUUGAAAACUAUUUCCAGAAUGUAUCAUGGAACAAAGUCUUCCUGCACAGCAGCCUAUUAAAGUGGAUUCUCUGGCUAUA